UCGACCCCGGCGGGAAGGCGCGCGCGUCGCAACGCAGCUGUGCCGGAAGUGAGACGCCGCUGAGCCGACUGCGCGUGUGUGUUUUAUUCGGAAUAAAUUAAUAAAGAUAGCGGCUGAGUUGAAUUGUUUGCUGCAUGCAGGUGAACUUCUGCAGGGAGUGAGCAGUGCAUAUUUGGGAUUGAGGCAGCAGAGUGUCCAGCUUUAUAGACGUGGGGUGGCGAAGGGUGGGCAAAAGCACCCCAAAGGGGUAAAUAACUUCAGAGUGCCAGAGUCGCCUCUGUCAGCGAGGACACGCCCCUUGGUGGUGCAGCAGGGACUCUACAGGAGCCAUGUACACGAACAAUCGGAAGAGCGAGCCAAGGACCAGCGAGAAGAAAUGCUCGUGGGCAUCCUACAUGACCAAUUCGUCCACUCUGAUCGUCAUGAUCGGCCUCCCUGCCAGAGGCAAGACCUACAUGUCCAAGAAGCUGACUCGCUACCUCAACUGGAUCGGCGUGCCCACAAAAGUGUUUAACCUGGGUGAGUACCGGCGUGAGGCCGUCCGCUCGUAUAAAUCCUACGAGUUCUUCAGACACGACAACGCCGAGGCCAUGUCAAUCAGGAAACAGUGUGCCCUCGUGGCUCUACAAGAUGUGAAGAGUUACCUCAACGAGGAGGGCGGACAGAUCGCUGUGUUUGAUGCCACAAACACAACUCGAGAGAGGCGAGAUCUCAUCCUGGAGUUCGCCCAGGAGAACACGUACAAGGUGUUUUUCGUUGAGUCGAUCUGCGACGAUCCAGAUGUCAUCGCUGAAAACAUAAUGGAUGUGAAGGUGUCGAGUCCGGACUAUCCCAAGAGAGACCGCGAGAGCGUCAUGGAGGACUUUCUGAAGAGAAUCGAGUGCUACAAAGUCACAUAUCAACCCUUAGACCCAGACCAACACGACAAAGAGCGCUCCUUCAUCCAGGUGAUCAAUGUCGGCCAGCGUUUCCUGGUGAACCACGUGCAGGAUUACAUCCAGAGCAAGAUCGUGUACUACCUAAUGAACAUCCACGUGCACAAACACUCCAUCUACCUCUGUCGUCACGGAGAGAGCGAGCACAACAUGCAGGGUCUGAUCGGAGGCGACUCGGGCCUGUCCACUCACGGGAAAGAGUUUGCUGUGGCGCUGAGGGAUUUCAUAGUGGACCAGAAGCUGGUAGAUCUGAAGGUGUGGACGAGCCAGCUGAAGCGCACUAUCCAGACGGCCGAGGCUCUGGGCGUGCCGUAUGAGCAGUGGAAAAUCCUCAACGAGAUUGAUGCUGGCAUCUGUGAGGAAAUGUCGUACGAUAGGAUCAAGGAGAAUUAUCCGGAUGAAUUUGCCAUGAGAGAUCAGGACAAAUAUCACUACCGUUACCCAGGAGGGGAGUCAUACCAGGAUCUGGUGCAGAGACUCGAGCCGGUGAUAAUGGAACUGGAGAGGCAGGGCAAUGUGCUGGUUAUCAGUCACCAGGCCGUCAUGAGAUGCCUGCUUGCAUACUUCUUGGACAUCAGCGCUGAUGACUUGACUUAUCUGAAGUGUCCUCUCCAUGUUGUGCUGAAACUCACCCCUGUGGCUUAUGGUUGUAAAGUGGACAUGUUUGAUCUGAAAGUUGAAGCUGUGAACACACACCGGAACAGACCACUCGCCAACAGUAAACAGGAAGUAGCAGUGAGGAGGCACAGCUUCACACCCAUGUCCAGUCAGGACCAAGUGAAGCGGCCACGGGUUUUCAGCGUCGGAAACCCUCCCUGUACCCCUCUGCCUCCAUCGCUGAGCUCCACAGACAUCCCUGAGGCACAGGGGAACAAUGAACUCACUGAGACACAAGAAACGCCAAAUUGCUCAAGUCCUGAAGAUUGAGACGAUGGACAGAAGUGAAGACAUGCAAGCGAUUCAGUCUUCACCUGGAUGAGUCAGACGGACACCUUACACCUUUCUGCAUCCACAGCCAAGCCCAGAAACUCUGUCUGUCUUUAUAGUUGGCUCAUUCGAGAAAAAGCUCAGCCAAAUAAUCAAAUGUACACACUGUUCUCAUUAGCGUAAAUGUAAUCAAUUAGCCAACACGUUUGGUGUCUGAGGUUUGUUACAUGGCCAACCAUUAGAUGCGAAGAUGACCACACAUCUUCAUAUCCUUGCUUCAAACAAUGCUAUAAGCUACAUCAUCUUGUUAUAAUAGCAAAGGAAGUCUGUAUUUAGUCCCAAUUAUUAGUUCAUCCAGCUGGCAGGCGAUGAGCUUAUGCCAUCAUGUGUUGUCCAUUGUCUGUCCAUCAUUGUCCACAUUUUACAAAAAUUGCUUCUUCUCAGUCAGUUCCUUGCCGUUUUGGAUUCUUUCUGGCAAAUAGGUCGGUAUUCCUAGGGUGUAUAUAGCUUGUGUAUAGUGUAUAUAGCUUGCAACAUUUAUUGCGCAAGGUGGCCCACUUUAGAUUGUUUGUUUCUUCUGGACUAGACAGGGCCGGAGUGAGCUACGCCGUCAUUGAUGGUCUCGUUUGACAUUAUCUCAAAGUACUCUUGAACUAUUCAUUUUGUUUGGCUGUUUAUUUGACAUUCAUGGAAGGAGUCUCCACGCAGCAAAAUCCCCAAUGUUGAAUUAACACCCAGAGUGUUGAUUUAACACCCUACUGUGUUUAUAUAGGUCCAAUUGGACACACAUUAACUCUGAAAGUGUUAAUUCAACACUGAGGAAUUUGCUGUGCAGUGUCAGUGCUUUGUAACAGUCAGGGGUAAAGCUGCAGCUUUACGUUGCACUUUACAGUUUCUCGGUAACAUGAAAAGCUGUGAUUUUUAUCUUAUUAACCUGAAGCGAUCAUAAGUGAUAAUAGGAACUAACUUGUUUUGCGGAUGUUCCGCAAAUUUAAACGUGACUAUUUAUGGAUAAAAAGUACAGUUAGGUCCAUAUAUAUGUGGACACUGACACAAAUUUUGUUUUUUUUUACCCAUUUAAUGAAACAUAUUCAAGUUAUAGUUAUAUAAUGGACAUAAAGUCCAGACUUUCAGCUUUCAUUUGAGGGUAUCCACAUUAAAAUUGGAUGAAGGGUUUAGGAGUUUCAGCUCCUUAACAUGUGCCACCCUGUUUUUAAAGGGACCAAAAGUAAUUGGACAAUUGACUCAAAGGCUAUUUCAUAGGCAGGUGUGGGCAAUUCCUUCGUUAUGUCAUUCUCAAUUAAGCAGAUAAAAGGCCUGGAGUUGAUUUGAGGUGUGGUGCUUGCAUUUGGAAGAUUUUGCUGUGAAGAAAACAUGCGGUCAAAGGAGCUCUCCAUGCAGGUGAAACAAGCCAUCCUUAAGCUACGAAAACAGAAAAAACCCAUCCGAGAAAUGGCUACAAUAUUAGGAGUGGCAAAAUCUACAGUUUGGUACAUCCUGAGAAAGAAAGCAAGCACUGAUGAACUCAUCAGUGCAAAAAGACCUGGACACUGACAGAAGACAACAGUGGUGGAUGAUCGCAGAAUAAUUUCCAUGGUGAAGAGAAACCCCUUCACAACAGCCAACCAAGUGAACAACACUCUCCAGGAGGUAGGCGUAUCAAUAUCCAAAUCUACCAUAAAGAGAAGACUUCAUGAAAGUAAAUACAGAGGGUUCACUGCACGGUGCAAGCCACUCAUAAGCCUCAAGAAUAAAAAGGCUAGAUUGGACUUUGCUAAAAAACAUCUAAAAAAGCCAGCACAGUUCUGGAAGAACAUUCUUUGGACAGAUAAAACCAAGAUCAACCUCUACCAGAAUGAUGGAAAGAAAAAAAGUAUGGCGAAGGCAUGGUACAGCUCAUGAUCCAAAGCAUACCACAUCUGUAAAACACGGCGGGGCAUGCAUGGCUGCCAGUGGCACUGGGUCACUAGUGUUUAUUGAUGAUGUGACACAGGACAGAAGCAGCCGGAUGAAUUCUGAGGUAUUCAGAGACAUACUGUGUGCUCAAAUCUAGCCAAAUGCAGCCAAACUGAUUGGUCGACGUUUCAUAAUACAGAUGGACAAUGACCCAGAACAUAAAGCCAAAGCAACCCAGGAGUUUAUUAAAGCAAAGAAGUGGAAUAUUCUUGAAUGGCCAAGUCAGUCACCUGAUCUCAACCCAAUUGAGCAUGCAUUUCACUUGCUAAAGACUAAACUUCAGACAGAAAGGCCCACAAACAAACAGCAACUGAAAACCGCUGCAGUAAAGGCCUGGCAGAGCAUUAAAAAGGAGGAAACGCAGCGUCUGGUGAUGUCCAUGAGUUCAAGACUUCAGGCAGUCACUGCCAACAAAGGGUUUUCAACCAAGUAUCAGAAAUGAACAUUUUAUUUACAAUUAUUUAAUUUGUCCAAUUACUUUUGAACCCCUGAAAUGAAGGGAUUGUGUUUUUAAAAAAAUGCUUUAGUUCCUCACAUUUUUAUGCAAUCAUUUUGUUCAACCCACUGAAUUAAAGCUGAAAGUCUGAACUUCAACUGCAUCUGAAUUGUUUUGUUCAAAAUUCAUUGUGGUAAUGUACAGAACCAAAAUUAGAAAAAUGUUGUCUCUGUCCAAAUAUUUAUGGACCUAACUGUAUGACGUGUCAUUCUUUAAUAAAUAAGCUAUUUUAAUCAAUGGCAAAUUGCUGUUAUUGAUGAGGAAUACAAUACUUCAGGAUGUCCUGAUGGGAAAAGAAUAAACCUGUCCAUAUCAACUCCAUAUCAUUACACUCCCCCAGUGUUGAUUAUUUUCCACAAUUUAAAGUAGAAGUGGUGUGGAUGUUAAUAUUGUUCCAUCUUGAACGUAAGUUUGUUAAUAUGCACUUAUUAAUAUCUGAAGAAUGAAUAUGAAAACUUUUCCUUGCAUUUAGCUCCAGUGCAAAUGUGAAUAUUUAAACAGACACCAAACAUGCCUUAGAGAAUCGAUUAUUAUUGGGGUAAAGAUGAACGUUUUUUAUUUGUGUCUCUUUGCCCAGAAAUUACAUAUGAAUGUUCCUGUGCCUUUGUGCUCAGUUCCGAGUGACACUGCGUGUUUUAUAAAGUUCCCAAAUUGAAUGACUUGUGUGUUUUUAGGUCAUCUAAGAGUGACUCCAACCCUCUACUGAAUCUUCAGUCUGUAAUUGUGCCCUGUUCACGUUACGCUGUAGUUGGGAUAAUGAGUCACUCAGGAAGCAUGUGAGCUGCAUUACCAGUUUUGUAAUCCUUUCUGGCACUAAUCAGAGAAACUCAGACAAGAUUGUGUCUGAUACAGUCAGAAUGUCACAACAGAGACGAUGUACAUUUCGUCCUUUUCCUUUAAACAGAAACACCCGAUUUUCCUUCAGAACCUAAUCUGUCUCAUGCUUGGAUGCUGUUGAACCCUGCAUUGCUUUGUAUUACUGACUUCAUUUUCUGUGCCUGUUAGAUUCAGUAAAUGGAGUGUGACCUCUG